UAGAAUAAAAUUUACCAAACUAUAAAUGGGUUCAACAUUAAGCUGCAUGGGAUGUAAAGAAGACGUCAAAGAUGACUCUAUUGAGAUGAACAUCGACACCCAAAGAAGGUCUACCUCGAAAACAAAUGCUAAUAAAAGGCCUACUGUGACUAAUGAUGUCAAGAAAAGUACUGAUCCAAGGUUAAAGACACUAGAUGAAGUAGACAGCCGUGUUAGAUAUGUCAAUUCUAUUUUUCAGCGAUAUCAAUUUACCAAUAAAACACACUAUUUCACAAGGUUAACUCAAAUCCUUCAAUCUCUAUUGUCAAUUAGGAGUGAACUAGAUUCCAUACAUCUGGGACCAGCUGAGGAUCACGCGAGAGAAGUCUUAAUAAAGAACGAGAAGAUCGACAAGAAACUUUGAAUCCUUAUAAAGAAAGUUUCUGAUUAUUUACCUCCUCAACAAGAUGAAGAACUGAAAUGAACGCAGGCUAGUGAUAAUAUGCAGCUAUCAAAUGAGGGGUCUCAGACAAGAUCUGAAGUUGUAGCCUUACUUCCAAAAUCCCAUGAGGGAAAACAAGGUUUUUAUUCACCUAAAAUUCAUUCUGGUGAAGCCAAGGAACAUCAAUUACAAUCGAGCUCUUCAAACAUGAAAAUUCUUUCUGAUUACCUCAGAGAUGUACUACACUUAUUAAAAGGGAAGGAUACUUGUAAAAUGACAUCACUGUACAUUUCUCUUGACAAACCUACUACUACUCCUUUGCUUAAGAAAAUCCUGAAAUUCAGUCUUCCACCAUUAAGAUGAGUGACUCUUUGGAACAUCCCUAAAUCAAGCAAUCUGGUGAAAAAGCUAUUGACGAGCUGCAUUCCCCAAAGUGGGCUCAAGAGACUAAGAAUAUCCGCUAAAGAUCUUAUUGGGAUCCAAGGAUAUCUACCUUCUAUUAUGGAAGCGAGCUACCGAGUCUCUGAAGCAAUUGUCCUUGAUAGUUUUAUAAUAAACGAGCAGCAACUUAAGAAAGUUUUCAUGGCAGCCAGACUUACAAAGGAAAUUGAAUUUGUAGAAUGCAAAUUUCGUCUUCCAAGACUUCCAGAAAUUUCCAAAUGUUUGAAAAGUACUACUAUUAAGAAGAUAACCCUGAAUAAGUGAGAUGGGUACAACCAUAGCGACUGGGCAAAUCAUCAAAAAGAGUUAGAGAAUCUGAUCACCGGGUUUUCAGAUUCAGAUUUGAAGAAAUCUCUCCAAAAAGUAUACCUAAGCUUUGAUGGAGAGAUAGAUAUGAGAUAUAUGCAUUUCCUUUUCAGAAAAGUAGGUCUGGAUCACGUUAAAGUCGAAGGUGACUUCCUUGGAUCAUACUUGCAAUCAGUAUAACCUAUCUUGGAUUCAUAAAAAGUGCUAUUUUAACCAACCUAUAUCUCUAAAAUAUCACUAAAUUCAAAAAUUCUCAACCCCUUCUUCUUAAUUAAUACUACUA